CAUGCGACGCCGUUUCUUAUCUUUCAAAGGCUUUCCUCUGUGGAUAAGCUGCCUCGCAGCCAUAGCUAGACUGGUAUAGAAUUUGCUCUUCUCUGCCUCCAAUCUCUUCCCCCGCCGUUGUCUCCGAGAGCUGAAAGCAAAUGGCUGCCAGCGCGACGAAGCCGCCGACUGUUGCUCUAUCCUUCUUUUCCUCCUCGCUCUUUGCCUCCUCUGCCAGGCAUGAGAUCCCGAAGCUCAUUUCGGUCUCUAAUCGAAACUCGAAUUCUACUGCCUCCAAAUCAGCCGCCAAACCUCUCUCCAUCUCCUGCCAAGUCGCAACAAUCCCGAUUCUGUCAUUCACCGGGGAGAAGAUCGGAGAGACGUUCUUGGACCUGAAGUCCGCCCCGCCGGAGACGGCCCGCGCCGUCGUCCACCGCGGAAUAAUUACCGACCUCCGGAACAAGCGAAGAGGGACGGCCUCGACGCUGACCCGAGCCGAGGUCAGAGGCGGCGGGAGGAAGCCGUACCCGCAGAAGAAGACGGGCGGGGCGCGUCGGGGAUCCCAGAGGACUCCGCUCCGCCCGGGAGGAGGAGUUGUGUUCGGGCCGAAGCCCAAGGACUGGUCAAUCAAGAUAAACAAGAAGGAGAAGAAACUGGCGAUGUCGACGGCGCUGUCGAGCGCGACGGAGAGCAUGAUUUGCGUGGAGGAGUUCGGGGAGAAGUUCGAGAAGCCGAGGACCAAAGAUUUCAUCGAGGCGAUGGCGCGGUGGGGGCUGGACCCGAAGGAGAAGGUGAUGUUCCUAAUGAUGGAUGUGAGCGACACUGUUGGGCUGUCGAGCAGGAACAUCGGCACGCUGCGGAUGCUGACGCCGAGGACCCUCAAUCUGUUCGACAUUUUGAACUCGGAUAAGCUGGUGCUGACGCCCGACACCGUGGAUUUCUUGAACGGGAGGUAUGGAGCGGAGUACAGCGAGGAGGGAGAUGAUGAAGACGAAGAAGGCGGAGAGGUUGAGGAAGAAGAAGAAGGCAUUCAAGGGGUUGAGGUUGUAGCUCCAGAAGGAAAUGCUGAUGCUACAAGUUAGGUUUUGGUAAUGGUAUGAUAUCAUCAUACAUAACUUUUGUUGAAUCCUCCAUUUACCAGUUUUCUCCAUUCUAAGCAACAAUGUGCACUCAAUCUGUUGUUUGUUUUCCCGAGAGAAAUGUGGCUAAUUAUGUAGUCUAUAAAAUGGUUUGAUUUUGAUCUCGGCGCCGAGUUCUGUUCGCUUCGAUGAUGGUAGUCAAUCUGUUUCCCAGCUCUUCUGGAAUUGUUAUAUUGGUUCUGCAUUGCAAAUAGCAUCUUCUAGUUCUGGGCUCUCGACUUAACAACUAGCAGAGUGGUGACUGUAAGGGGGAUGUAUCUCUACUUGUAGGAAGAGUAGCUGGGUUCCGGAAGAACUUGUUGUUAGGUAAUGUCUGAGCGAAUUCAUCCAUCUCUGAGGAGCAACAAGUCCAUUUUGUGAGAAUCCUGACGUAAUUCAGCCACAAAGGAUUGAGGACAACAUUUUGAUUCAGUCAUUUCUGUUAUUUUUACCUGUAUCAUUUUCCAUUAUUGUGAAAGCUUUGCAAGCACAUGUACGAGAUGGCAAGUGUGAGCAGGAAGACCUUAAUCAGAAAAUCAGUCUCUGGAUCAUCUAUUGCUUUAAGUUCUAACUCAUGAAGUAGCCAGGUUUAGAACGUUUCUUUGCCGAAUUUACUCAUGUACUGGAGUGGUAGCAACGAACCAAAUGCAGGGAAAGACCAGGAAUCAGAAUGAAUGAAUUAUUCACCAGCUCUGUCAUGAUCCGAAAUCCAAAGGGAUUGGAACAUGAAGCUGAAAUUAGAUUAUGUACAAGCUACAUACUUGUUUCCCAUCAGGAAUAAGUUUGAUUCUCAUGUGUACAAGUACAAGCUUGCUAGAAGGAGCAAGGUUGUCGCCUAUUUCUGUUUCAUGAAGAAUUAUAUCUUUCAAACUAAUUUAGCUGCAUAUUGGUCAUGACUUGUGAACUAUGACAACCUGCAGCAGUAUGCAUUACGAUUGAUUUCUCGCAACAGAUCGAUAAUAUCCCAGAAAAUGGUCGAUUUAAGUAAACAUGGAUUGGCAAAAUGGCAGAAUUAUAAAGACUGGCAAUGGCAUGCUGCUGUUACUUCACAGCCAUCCAAUCCAAGUGAUAAACAGAGGCCACACCUGCAGGAAGCUGCUUUCCCUGUGCAAGAACAUAAGAAAGCAAAAAAAGAAAAUGCACGCUCCCUACGCAGGCAUUAUCCUGUUCAGGUUCGAAGGGACUUUCUCAGCCUGACCUGCCCCGCGGCCAGUGGCCAAAGGCAGAUACAGGCACCCCUGGUGCGUUUCUUUCAUCAACAUUGUGACGAUAGAAGGAAGAAAGAAAAAACAUAGAAUAGCCGA